GUUUAUUUUUAAUCCUGUCAUGGUAAGACUAACUAGGUGAAUAAAGCCUUCUUUUCCGUGUUGUAACAAAUCCAUCCAAGCAGACCCGGGGCAGAGGCAGGCCCUGUAGAGCAAUCACGCGGGACGCCAGGAGACGUGGUGACCUCUCUCCUGGCUUACCUGCUGCUGCUCGAGGGAGGCAUGUUCUCUCCGUCCCCACCACCCUCCGGGCUGUUGGAGAGGGUCUUCCAGUUCAUUGAUCUCCACCAGAAUGAGUUUGUACAGAUACUUAAGGAGUGGGUGGCCGUAGAGAGUGACUCCGUUCAGCCCGUGCCCCACCUCAGGCAAGAGCUCUUCCGAAUGAUGGCCCUGGCUGCAGACAAGCUUCGGUGCCUGGGUGCCAGCGUGGACUCCGUGGACACGGGCUUUCAGCAGCUGCCUGAUGGUCAGACUCUCCCGAUACCUCCCAUCAUCCUGGCCGAACUGGGAAAUGACCCAAAAAAGCCCACCGUGUGCUUCUAUGGCCACUUGGACGUGCAGCCUGCUAGACAGGAAGAUGGGUGGCUCACAGACCCUUACACGCUGACGGAAGUGGAUGGAAAACUUUAUGGUCGUGGAGCAACAGACAACAAGGGCCCCGUUUUAGCGUGGAUUAAUGCUGUGAGUGCCUUCAGAGCCCUGGAAGAAGAUCUCCCCGUGAAUAUCAAAUUCAUCAUCGAAGGCAUGGAAGAAGCCGGUUCUGUUGCCCUGGAGGAACUGGUCAGAAAAGAAAAGGACCGGUUCUUUUCCAGUGUAGACUACGUCGUCAUUUCAGAUAACCUGUGGAUCAACCAGGGGAAGCCGGCCCUCACCUACGGCACGAGAGGGAACAGCUACUUCAGGGUGGAGGUGAAAUGCCGAGAUCAAGAUUUUCAUUCAGGAACCUUUGGUGGCAUCCUCCAUGAGCCAAUGGCUGAUUUGGUUGCACUUCUUGGCAGCCUGGUGGACUCAUCUGGUCAUAUUCUGAUCCCUGGAAUCUAUGACCAAGUGGCUCCUCUUACGGAAGAAGAGAGAAAAAUGUACAAAGCCAUUGAUCUGGACCUGGAGGAAUACCGGCAUAGCAGCCACGUUAAGAAAUUUCUGUUUGACACCAAGGAGGAAAUUCUAAUGCACCUAUGGAGGUACCCAUCGCUGUCAAUCCACGGGAUUGAGGGUGCAUCUGAUGAGCCUGGAGCUAAAACCGUCAUCCCUGGCCGAGUUAUCGGAAAAUUUUCAAUCCGUCUGGUCCCUCACAUGAAUACGUCUGUGGUGGAACAACAGGUGAAGCAGCAUCUUGAACAUAUAUUCUCCAAAAGAAAUAGUUCCAACCAGAUGACUGUUUCUAUGACACUGGGACUACAGCCGUGGAUGGCAAAUAUUAAAGAUAAUCAGUAUGUUGCGGCCAAAAGAGCCAUCGAAACAGUAUUUGGAACAGAGCCAGACAUGACCCGGGAUGGCUCAACCAUACCGAUUGCCAGAAUAUUCCAGGAUAUCAUCCAAAAGAGUGUGAUGAUGCUCCCGCUGGGUGCUGUUGAUGAUGGGGAACACUCUCAGAAUGAGAAAAUCAACAGGUGGAACUACAUAGAAGGAUCCAAGUUAUUUGCUGCCUUUUUCCUAGAGAUGGCUAAGCUUCAUUUGUAAUGACAGGAACCUUCCAGUUUAGAGCUGACCUACUGACAGAUACCCUCUCCUGCAGCCCUGCAUAGGGGUAGAAUCUAAAUAUCCAGAGAAUUUCCAUCCAGGAAAUAAUGUCUUCCCUCCCAUUUAAAAUAUCUUCCGACAUUUGGGCCAGUAAUAAAACAUUUUUAAAGGCACAGAUAUUGGAAAUGGUGUACCGUCCCAGUGGCACACCUUUCUGAAGUCACAGCUACCUGCAACAUCUCCCUAAGGCCAGCUGUAGGAGCCCCGGGAGUAGACUCACUCUUUCCUUGGAGCACAAGGACAGUUCUUGCACUAGACUCUCCCUGGCACUUUGACGGGCCUCAUCACUCCAGUGUGCUUUUAGGUUCUGGCGGUGCUCAUGACAUACUCAUUCCAUGUUUCUAUCACCCUUUCCUUUGCCACACAUUCCUUUUGUUAGUAAAACUGUUGGUCCCACCACUGGCGACCAUGAUUUCCCUGUGGGUUCAUUUGUAGAGGAGUAACUAAAGUGUGAUGCCCUCUUAACCUUUUGCUUCUCCUUCGUUUAUUUUGCUUUGCUUCUUGGAAAGUUCUGAAACAGGAAUGGUCAGUAGUUGUAUCCUUAUGCCAUUUGGGAUUCCCUUUGUGAAGAUGAGUACUUUUUCUAUUUCAAGGCUCUUUACCUUUUCUAGGAUUCAUGCCAACCAACCACCUCUCCUGCACCCUCUUCUUUCUUCCUACCCCAUUCCCCCAGACAUCCGUGCACACGUAAAGUCAUCACAGGAGAAUCAAUCCUGAUAGAAUUUCCCUCCCCCCGCUGGAAUUUUACUCAGUGACUACAUCUAAAUUGCUCAAAGCUUUUAAUAGCAUCGGUUUUAGAUAGAGAAUGAAUCUAAUCAGCCCUGACAUCAGUAACACAUUCUAAAUUUAAAGCCAUCAGCUAAUGCUGCAUUUAGUAAUCAUUUUAGUUAACCGUCUUGUUUGCCUUGAUUGCAUUUGAUGGUGUAAACAAGCAAACAAAAAGAAUGUAAUUUUUCUACAGUUGAGUGUAUAUAAACAAAUCAAUUCAAUCUUUAUAAAUUCAUUACUUAAAUGACAUUAAUGGAGAAGAAUUUAAGAGUUUAUUAAGAAUGUUUCUCCUAGGAUUCGAAAUAAAAUCAAAGCAUAAUACA